AUGGGCAGCCACUACCACGGACUCAUGGAUCUUGAACACCAUAGCUCAAGGUCUAAUGCUGGAGUUUUGGUCCAGUCCACCGGAUCACUUCCGGACUUAUCCCACCCCCACGAACAAGAACAGGGCAGCCCUCAUGUUCCCGUCUCCGACAGCAGAAGGGACGGAUGCCCUCCGCAGUCCCUGGCCCAGAGAACUGCUUUAUGCUUUUCCUCCCUUGCCACUCCUCCCCGUGAUGAUCUGCAAGAUCCUGCACGAACGAGCGGAGAUCCUCCUGAUUGCACCACAUUGGCCGAGAUGUCCGUGGUUCGUCGACCUGGUAGAGCUCUCCGUCUCCCCUCCAUGGAGGAUUCCAGCAGGUCGUAUUGCUCUCACUCAGGGGGUACUUCAGCACCCGGACCCACAGUGUCUCCAACUAACCGUUUGGCACUUGAGCGGCGGGCCUUGACCCGAGAUGCAUAUUCUUUGAGGGUGAUUGCCAUGAUUCAGCAAUCCAGGCGCCCCUCAACGAAUAGGAUCUAUGAUGCCACAUGGAGGAGCUUCUGUAUCUGGUGCUCUGGUCGUAAAGUAGAGCUUUCGGACAUUUCUGUUCCGAUUGUUUUGGAAUUCCUGAUGGAUGGGUUGGACAAGGGACUAUCCCCGAGCACCAUACACAGACAGGUCACAGCUCUAUCUACGGUACUCAUGUGUGACAAUUCCGCUCCCUUGGCACCCCACCCCACGGUGCGUUCCUUUUUAAAGGGCGCAGCUAACGCCAGGCCACCAACAGUCCACCGAUAUCCCUCUUGGGACCUACACCGGGUCUUACAGGCCCUCAUCUCACCACCUUUCAAGCCCAUUACCACAUGUUCCCUUAAGCUAUUGUCUAUGAAGGUGGCAUUUCUCGUGGCGAUCACAUCGGCCAGGCGAAUUUCGGAACUGGCCGGUCUCUCCGUCAGAGAGGACCUGUGCAUCUUCCAUGCAGACAGGGUCUGCAGGCCCAUUGUGGGCUUUGUUUUCAGCCACACCGAAUCGCCGUGGGAUCUAGCCUCGAAUCAGCUGUUCAGCGCUGAAACGGAGGCUUGA